UGAUGCGAGGCGGUCGUGUGCGCGGAACUUUCGUCUUUGCUUUCAAGGGGCUGCUAUAGCCAGCGAAAACCCCAAUCAAAGUUAAUUUACUAGUGGACAAAAGGCGUCGGAAAUAACGCCCAAACUGAUCCACAGUCGCCAUAACGGUAACUAAAUCUUAAACCGCGCAGCCCCUACGUAAGCGACGCGCAAGACGCAAGGCGCGAUCCGUAAGGCGAGCUCUGGGGUUCGAGUGGAUCUCUUAGUCCGUGGAUCGGUAUCGAAGGGAGCUGUUGUCGUGCCGCUCGGUCUCGGUUUCUUUUAUUUUCGGUCCGUGGCCGCCAGAAAUUCUGUGAAAGGCGAAUCACGCAGUGCUGAGUGCAACUGAAAGGCUCGCGUGCUAUUUGUUGGUCCAACGAAACAGCGGGAACAGUACUAUUACACCAAGUGAACUCGCAGGGAAAACAUAAUCUUGGAUACGAAGCGAAGCACAACCGCAAAACUCCUAAGCAAGCUACAAGAUGACGUGCGGCAUUUCGUGUGUCGAUAAGACAUUAAACAAAUCCUUUUAUCACCUGGGAGUCUGCAUAGCCAAGCAUCCUGGCUAUUUUAUUAUUAUUCCGGUGCUGCUGACGAUGCUCUGCAUGACAGGCUAUCAGCAGCUAAAGUAUCAAAUCGAUCCCGAGUAUCUAUUCUCGCCGAUUGCGGGGGAGGGAAAGACUGAGCGUGCCAUCGUUGAGCAAUACUUCAAAGUGAAUUAUACGCAUCGGUUCAACGUCGGACGGAUUACAAGACCCGGUCGCUUCGGGAGAGUCAUUGUGAUAACGAAAGAUGGCGACGAAAAUAUGAUUAGACGAGAGGUGUUCCAGGAGUUACGACAGCUGGACAACCUUAUCCAAAAUGCGACCACCACUUACGAUGGGGAUACGUAUUCCUACAAGGACAACUGUGCCCGCUGGGAGAACGAGUGCUUCGAGAACGAUAUUCUUAACCUUGAUGCGCUGAUGGAUGAUAUCGAAACGGGCCAGUUGAAUCUUACAUUCCCUUUCAUGUUUAAUCCAGUGACGUGGGAUGCACACCUGUUCCCUGUCUUCUUUGGGGGCACCAAGCUGACAGAAGACAAUCAUGUGAUCAGUGUUCCGGCCAUACAGUUGGUCUAUUUCGUGACCGCAGACACUAAACGGCAGGAUGCUAAGGGAGCCGAGUGGGAGGAGACCUUCCUAAGGGUGGUAGGCAACGCAGAGGACUCCGGCCGCUUCAAACACAUAUCGGUCUCGUACUUCGCCUCCCGAACUUUGGACCACGAGCUAGAGAAGAACACGAAGACUGUGGUGCCCUAUUUUAGUUCAACUUUUUUGCUCAUGGGUCUUUUUAGUAUCAUCACCUGCAUGAUGGGAGAUGCAGUCCGCUCCAAGCCGUUCUUGGGACUUAUGGGCAAUGUUUCGGCCAUUAUGGCCACCCUGGCAGCUUUUGGCUUGGCAAUGUACUGCGGCAUUGAGUUUAUUGGCAUCAACCUGGCUGCACCAUUCCUGAUGAUCGGCAUCGGCAUCGAUGACACUUUUGUAAUGCUGGCGGGCUGGCGCCGCACCAAGGCGAAAAUGCCAGUGCAAGAGCGCAUGGGUCUAAUGAUGUCCGAGGCGGCUGUAUCGAUUACGAUAACAUCGGUCACCGACUUCAUUUCGUUCCUGAUCGGCAUCAUCAGUCCGUUCCGAUCAGUAAGGAUCUUCUGCACGUACUCCGUGUUCGCCGUUUGCUUCACGUUCCUGUGGCACAUUACUUUCUUCGCCGCCUGCAUGGCUAUCUCGGGCUACAGAGAGCGCAAGAAUUUGCAUUCCAUUUUUGGCUGCCGGGUCCAGCCAAUGUCGGUUGCAAUUAAAGAGAAGCGCAACUUUCUCUACAAGGCAAUCAUGGCGGGUGGUAUCGACCACAACGAUCCGGACAACCCUAUCGACAACAAGGACCACAUGCUGAUGGCGUUCUUUAAGGACAAGCUGGCCGCAGUUAUCAACAAUAAGUGGUGCAAGGUGAUCAUCAUCUUGGCCUUUGCAAGUUAUCUGGUUGGUGCCUGUUACGGAAUAACCCAAAUAAAGGAGGGCCUUGAAAGACGAAAGCUCUCCAGGGAGGAUUCCUAUUCCGUGGAGUUCUUUGAUCGCGAAGACGACUACUACCGCGAAUUUCCAUACAGAAUGCAGGUUAUAAUUGCUGGCCAGUUGAAUUACUCGGACCCCCUAGUUCAGGAGCAGGUGGAGAACCUGACCAGUACCUUGGAGCAUACAUCGUACGUGACCUCUAGGCGCUACACGGAGUCCUGGCUACGGUCAUUCCUUUCUUUUCUGGAACGCAACAAUGAGCUUAACGUGACGGUGGACGACGAGCAGUCUUUCAUUGAUGCCGUAAAAGAGCACUGGCUGUUCCCUGGUAACCCAUUCUCACUGGAUGUGCGCUUCAAUGACGACGAGUCGCAAAUCAUUGCCUCAAGGUUCCUCAUCCAGGCGGUCAAUAUUACUGAUACCAACCAUGAAAAGGAGAUGGUGCGGGAUCUGCGCAAGAUCUGUAAAGACUCGCCACUGAAUGCCUCGAUCUUCCAUCCCUAUUUCGUGUUUUUUGAUCAGUUUGAGCUGGUGCGACCGGUUUCUCUACAGGCAAUGGUGAUCGGAGCCAUCAUAAUGAUGAUUAUCUCCUUCGUAUUUAUCCCAAAUAUCCUGUGCUCCUUGUGGGUGGCCUUUUCGGUCAUCUCCAUUGAACUGGGCGUUGCAGGAUAUAUGGCCUUGUGGGACGUUAACCUGGACUCUAUUUCAAUGAUUAACCUUAUUAUGUGCAUUGGCUUCUCUGUGGAUUUCACCGCUCACAUCUGCUACACAUACAUGUCCUCCAAGAAGCGCAGCCCCAAGGCUAGGGUACGCGAGGCCCUUCACUCCCUCGGGCUGCCAAUCAUUCAGGGCUCGAGCUCAACCAUACUGGGCAUUGUGGCCCUAUUGCUGGCCCAGAGCUACAUCUUCUUGGUCUUCUUCAAGAUGGUAUUCCUGGUGAUAUUCUUUGGGGCCAUGCACGGCCUUUUCCUGCUGCCCGUUCUGCUGUCUCUCUUUGGACCCGGAUCCUGUCUCACCUGGACUGGAAAGGAUGACGGCAGCGACGCAGAAGUCGAUGACAGCUUGGAGGACCGCCAGUUAGAGAAGCCUUUCUCUCAGUCCUACUACAUGCAAUACCCCACCAUGGGCAUCAACGGCCCCUACGGCUCUAAGGGCUUCCUGGGAGCACCGUACAAAGCCUACGGAGUAGACGAGAAGGAUCUAGGACUCGGCACAUCUGGCGAGGAUUCAUCGGAGAGCAGCUCGAGUCGAUCGCAGCGCGGUCAGCAGCAGGUUGCCAUCACAGAGGAAGAGGUGGUGAUCCGGGAAUCUCCACGCCAAAGAUACGAGGACAGGUGGCGUCGCUCCUCCUACCAGAACAUUUAUGGACAAGGUGCUGCGCAGUUCCAGGCCGAGCCCGAUCUUUAUGGCCAACAGGUUUCAGCAGAAGAGUGGCGCCAGCGUCUGGAUACCCACGAACAGCAGCAGCGCCAGCGACAGCGGAGAGGUCCUUACGAGAACUACCACCAGAACACGGAGAUGGACAUGCAGAGGGUGCGGCGUAACUCGCAUGACGACGUCAUCGACCUGCACGCAACGCCCAACUCCUCCUUGGACGAACGACUGCGAAGGCAGUCUGAAGUGCCCUUCAGUGGAGGCAGUGGUGACGACAGCAACUUCCGUCAUCAGCAACCGAUGCCUCCAACCGCUGGAUCUGUGCCUCCAGGCAAGCGGUACCACCGACGGCGAUCCUCAGAAGACUCGACCAGUCGCUAUCAGCGCUGGCCGGCAAAUAUUGAGGAGAGAAGAGCACGACGCGCUCACUCGCCUGCCCACAACCGCCCAGAGACUGCCACGCCCAGCUAUGCGUAUCGCUCCUCCUCGCACCACAAUCUCUACCAGCCUAAUGGUAAGGGGUCGAAGCAUCCGCCCACUUACCAGUAUGGCGACUACUACUAGUGAGGGAAGGGUGUGAGAGAUGCUCUCAUAGAAAUGUGACAGGAAAAUUCCUAAUAUAUAUAUAAAGAGAGUUGGAUGGGUCGCCCUUUGAAAAAUAUUUAUAAGAGUGGGAAGUAGUAAUUGGACAAUUGCAAGCACUUUCUAAAGCCGAGAUAUUAAGUAACCUAACACUCUAUUGUUUCUUAAGUUUAAUAUAUUAUAUUUCACACUUAUUCAUCAUUUAAUUUUAUUUAACAAAAUUGCUAACUGGAAAUGUUAGGGAAAUCGUAAACAAAUUGUUUUACAACUCAUAAUGCCUCGGAAUUGUCCAUAAACUACUUUGAGAAUGUUUUGGUCGUCAAGAUUUUGACAUCCAUUGCUAUCAACCCAUCCAUGUAUAGAGAGACAUAGGGGAAGCAGAGCAAAUUGUCUUGUCAAACGAUAUUUAAGUUAGGCCUUUUUUUAAAGAAAUCACAGCUUUUCUGUCUUUACAUUUCCUAAGCUUGCCCUGCGUAGAAUACAUUAUUCGGUAAUUCACAUUGGCCACAGGAAUUCUUUUCAGUGUGAACAUAAAAUUGUUAGUUGAUAAAGCCGAUUCAAUCUAUUUAUCCCAAGCAUUUCAUUAAUACGAGCUCGAGUCAGACAACUUACCAUCUACACAUUACCAUAUAUGCUACUUGGGUCCGACUUUGGGUUCCCCAUAUCAGCGUUUAUUUAAAUUAAUUUAGAUUUAGUCCGAGUGCGUGUACAAGUCUGUUCAUUAAUGUUUCGUAUAUCAAAUGCAGCACUUAGUAAAUAUUUAAAAGCUAUUACCUGAUAAGAGUGGCCGCAUCAAGGCCCAUCCAUAUGCUUAGCUAUCUAACGCUGAAAGGCAUUUGGGACAAGUUUGUGAAGCGUUUACAAUUUUUUCUAUUUAAUAAAAAUUUUAUAUU